AAGCGGUUGUCGUUGUCAUCCCUCUGCCGGAGUUCAAUCUUGGAGUUUCUCAAAAAUCCCAAGUGUGGAAAAUUCCCCACUACACAUUGGUCACGAUUCCCCCUCUGGUGUAGUCAUGACACAAGGGAACACAAGGACUUUUAUCCUAAAAUGACUAAGCCUUCUAUUUUUUUUUUACAUGUUCAUAUCUUGAGAUAAUAUUCUUUCAUGUAAUUCACAUAUUGUUCCAGGAAGCCUCGAGUACAGGCAGGCUGGCAUCUUACUGUAUCGUGAAAUAUUUCGCCAUAUUAGUUGGAACCGCCAUUGAAAGAUUAAACUUCUGAGUCAGCACUUUGGUAUUGUUUCACUUGCAAAUAACAACUCGGGAAGGUUUCUGCUUUCCGUCAUGCGCUUUCACAAUAACGUCUAAAAACAAGUUUGUGAAAAGCAGCUGGAGGACAGUCAAGCGUUCAGACUGCAAAUGAAAACCUUGUGUUCUUCACUGAAAGUCAUGCCCUCAGAUUUUACACGUCAGCAAAAUGUUCACGUUUAGCUCUUUAAUGUCACUUUAAAUUCAAUGACAGCAUAUUUAAUGUGGUCUCUGUGCUCAUAACUUGAGGCCGUUGUGUACACCACCUGCACAGUAUGCGGUACUGUAAAUGUAUAGCUUGGUGCAAUGACAUGCGUUAUCCACAAGAGGGCAGUAGAAAAGUGAUCACGACUGACAAGGCCAAAGGGAGGAAAUAUACUCAAUUACUAUUCAUUUAUCCAUCCAUCCAUCAAUUUUCUUUGCCUCGUAUCCUCACAAGGGUCGCGUGGCAUGCUGGAGCCUAUCCCAGCUGUCAACAGGCAUGAGGCGGCGUACAUAAGACUGAUAUAAUAUGACAAAAAAAAAAACAAUUGGUAAUGUUAGACAUGCUAAGGCAGCACGGUGGAUCACCUGGAAAGUGUUGGCCUCACAGUUCUGAGGUCCUGGGUUCGAUCCCGGACCCGCCUGUGUGGAGUCUACAUGUUCUUCCCCCGUCUGCGCUGCGUGGGUUUUCUCCGUGGACUCCGGUUUCCUCCCACAUCCCCCAAAAAACAUGCAACAUUAAUUGGACACUCUAAAUUGCCCCUCGGUGCGAUUGUGAGUGCGAUGUGCCCUGUGAUUGGCUGGCGACCAGUUCAGGGUAUACCCCGCCUCCUGCCCGUUGACAGCUGGGAUGCGCUCCAUCGCUUCCCCGCGACCCCUGUGAGGAUAAGCGGCUAAGAAAAUGGAUGGAUGGAUGAAUAGACAUGCUAAUUUAGUGUCCAGAUGAUGAUUAAAAAUACAUGAUUAAAAAUAAUAGUGUAAAAGAUAUUUUGUAAAAAAAAAAAAAAACUCAACUUUAUUAUUUAACAGUGUUUGUUUUUAAUCAUGUGAACCACCGCAAUACAAUUUAAUGUGGUGAAGAGGCACCCUUGAGAUGGUUAGAGAGCACAAUUUUUAGUCUUUUGUGAUUGAGUUUACCGCAACAAACACACUAAUAAUGACUAACACGCAUCAAAAUUAUUUCAAGUCUAAAACAAUGAAACAUGAACGGCAGAGCGGCUCAGUUUAUUCACGUGAAUGAUUAGAAUGCAGUUGAUAACGUUGAAUCUUUUUUCAGUUUCAAAUAUAACCGUUGUGUGCGCGCGACGGCAGCUAAUUAGUUUGAAGAGGGUUUGUUGGCAUGGCUCCCCGUGACCGCGUCAACGUCGUGCGCGCAUGACGGCCAUUACGGCAAAUUCAAAGCGGACGUGCGCGUUCAUUGAAGCCGGCUCGUCCCGCAUGUGAAGUCCUGCCUUUCAUGUCAUACGACCAGGCGGGUCCGAUACGUUAGCAUGUGGUGGAGGAGUUUAAGAGGUUUUUCCGUCUUAACUGCCACGGUCACCUGCAGGUGGUCGAACUAAAGUGUGUAGUACACUGUUUGGAGGUGAACGUUGAAAGUCAACUGGGUUGGGGGUUGUGGGUCAUGUGACUACAUAUAAGCAUCACUGCAUGAAAAAAAAAAAAAUGCUCUUCUUCCCAGUGAAAUCCUCUUUGUCUGGAUCAGAUGGCUCCACAACUCUCCCGUCCCUCUCUCUCCGCUCCGGGGCCUGACGACGCUUUGUCCCGCGUCCCCAUCACGGCGACCUCCGACUCUGGCCGGUGACGCCGUGCGGGCUUAACAUCGCCACGGUGACACCAGCUCUCCGGGAGAAUCUCCUUGGUGACGCCCCUCGCUGACACGCCUGUUGUCUCCUCUCAAGGCAGGUGCACCCCGCCAGUCCUCGCCGCAUGGGAACAUUCGCCGCCAGAUAAGCGUAUUUGGACAACAACUUUCACGGUUCUCACUGGUGGAAUCCCAAAUGUAGUCUGCACUUUGGAAGGGAGUCAAACGACAAACUCGGAGCAGAGAUGGACGUCUACCAGGGCCGACAGGUGGACCGGCAGAGGAUCUCGGGGAACGCGCACCCCCGUGGGGAGCAGUACGGCCGGCACGAGACGGCGGCUCAGCGUUACAGCGCCACCCGCAUUCAGGCCGGACUGGGCCCAGAGAGUAUGGCAGAUUACCUUAUCAGCGGCGGCACGGGCUACGUCCCGGAGGACGGACUGUCGGCGCAGCAGCUCUUCUCCGUUGGCGACGGCCUCACGUACAACAGAUGUGACCAACACUCCGACGGUCAAACGGCAGAAGAGCUAUGCUCUAAAGGAGAUGGGUUGACUUACAAUGACUUCCUGAUCCUGCCAGGCUUCAUCGACUUCACCUCAGACGAAGUGGACUUAACAUCAGCACUCACCAAGAAGAUCACGUUGAAGGCCCCGCUUAUCUCUUCCCCCAUGGACACCGUCACAGAGUCGGCCAUGGCCAUCGCAAUGGCGCUAAUGGGGGGCAUUGGCUUUAUCCACCACAACUGCACGCCCGAAUUCCAAGCCAACGAAGUCCGCAAGGUCAAGAGAUUCGAGCAAGGCUUUAUCACGGACCCAGUGGUAAUGAGCCCCCGCCAGACGGUCGGCGAUGUGCUGGAGGCCAAAAUGCGCCACGGCUUCUCGGGCAUACCCGUGACGGAGACGGGCAAGAUGGGCGGAAAGCUGGUGGGCAUCGUCACCUCCAGGGACAUCGACUUCCUGUCGGAGAAGGACCACAACAAGACCCUGGCGGAGGCGAUGACAAAGAGGGAGGAGCUGGUGGUGGCUCCGGCCGGUGUCACCUUAAAAGAAGCAAAUGACAUCUUGCAGCGUAGCAAAAAAGGCAAGCUCCCCAUUGUAAACGACAACGACGAGUUGGUGGCCAUCAUCGCCAGGACGGAUCUGAAGAAGAACCGGGACUACCCGCUGGCUUCCAAAGACUCGCGCAAGCAGCUGCUGUGCGGCGCCGCCAUCGGCACCCGUGACGACGACAAGUACAGGCUGGACCUCUUAGUGCAGGCGGGCGUGGACGUGGUGGUUCUGGAUUCGUCGCAAGGCAACUCAGUCUUUCAGAUCAACAUGAUCAACUACAUCAAACAGAAAUUUCCCGAACUGCAAGUGGUGGGCGGAAACGUGGUGACAGCGGCGCAAGCCAAGAAUCUGAUCGACGCCGGAGUGGACGCACUGCGGGUCGGCAUGGGCUGCGGCUCGAUCUGCAUCACGCAGGAAGUUAUGGCGUGUGGGCGGCCUCAGGGGACCUCCGUGUACAAGGUCGCCGAGUACGCGCGACGCUUCAGUGUACCCGUUAUUGCAGAUGGCGGCAUCCAGACGGUCGGACACGUGGUCAAGGCGCUCUCACUUGGAGCAUCCACCGUCAUGAUGGGCUCUCUCCUGGCGGCGACCACCGAGGCCCCCGGCGAGUACUUCUUCUCGGACGGCGUGCGGCUGAAAAAGUACCGCGGUAUGGGCUCGCUCGACGCCAUGGAGAAGAGCACCAGCAGCCAGAAACGUUACUUCAGCGAGGGUGACUCGGUGAAGGUGGCCCAGGGCGUGUCUGGCUCGGUGCAGGACAAGGGCUCCAUCCACAAGUUUGUACCUUACCUCAUAGCUGGGAUCCAACACGGCUGCCAGGACAUCGGGGCCAAGAGUCUUUCGGCGCUCCGCUCCAUGAUGUACUCUGGAGAGCUCAAGUUUGAGAAGAGAACCAUGUCUGCACAGGUGGAAGGGGGCGUCCAUGGUCUUCACUCUUACGAGAAGCGUCUUUACUGAGCUGCGGAUGGUCCACCACACCACCUUACCAAAAAAAAAAAAGUGACCAAAUGUUUAAAUGACAAUAAACCUCCCACCCCACCCACCACCAAGUACACCUGUAGCUCAUCUCUCCACCCGACUCUCCACCGACAUCAAGUGGGCAGCCCGGGGGUGGGGUAGUCACGUAGGGCGCCUUGCGCGCAAGAAGCGGCACAUCAGGGUUUCCGGAUAUUCCUUGACAACACAUUUGAGCCUCGCGUUUUGGUACUGCGUUUGUGGCCGUGUUUUUUUUUUUUUUUUUUUUCUCUCUCCGUGAGUUCUCUUGUUUACUUUGGACCCUCGGGCGCCGCCUACAAUCAGCAGACCUGCCUCCAAUCGUUCAUGAGCCUAAAAAUUACACGACGGGACCAAAAACUCAAUAGAAUCAGGUACGUUUCCACAAGUGAGUUUGUUAUAAAGGCUGUACAGUGUCUUCUGGGCUUUAAAUUGAGGGAUGAAGGGUUUUUGAUAUGCAUGUUCUUUUUCCACAAGCCCGACACCGUUGUAUUUUUAUUCCGCUUUGUUGUAACUGCAUCCGUACUGCCUAUCGUAUUUAUAUGUGCUCUUUUUGUCACGUCAAAAUCAAAUUUAGUGCAAGAAAAAAUGGCCCGUUACAUGUUACACCAUUUCUGCGCUUUCCUUUGUGUUUUUUUUUUUUUUUUUCCUGGAUGCUUUAAUGCCUUGACAAGUGGAUGGUCUGCGUUACAAAAAGACUAGCUGGGCUCGUUUUGCCAUGUUGGGUUAUGAAUGUUUCAAGUCAAAAUUUUGGCCGCGCUUUCCUAUGCUAUUGACUGCGAGAGAGUGUCCAAACGCAGUGUAUUUGAUGAAACCUUAUUCUAAGGCCCCACAGUUUCUUCAAAAGGUUGAAGUAAAUCACCCAGCACUGGGUUCGCGCCACUUGCCAAGUCUUGUAAUGUAAAGACAGUGCACAAAACGGACAUGGAAAAUAUAAGCUUUCAGUUA